CUAGUAAGCUGGUCGGACAGUGCAGAAUCACCAACGAUACAACCAAAAAUAUGAGAACACGGAUUCCGCCUAAUAUAUGGGUUGCCGUGAUUCUAAUCAACACCAUUGUAGUAUUGGGAAGUUCCACCGCUUUUACGGCAGUGAUGGUGAUGAUAGGCAACUCGGCUUUGCCGGCAUUUCGAGGGUCCACAAACGGAAUCGCCCAGUCCAUGGCGGCCCUGGCCCGUCUCCUGGGGCCUGUUGUCUUCGGUAACCUGUUUGCGUGGAGUACAGAUAACGGCCUGCCAUGGCCUCUGAGCUAUCACCUCUCCUUCAUCCUCGUUGUUCUCCUGAGUCUUCUGGCUGCUCUCCUCUCUACCCGGCUGCCGGACUCCAUCAACUGUAAGAGAGAGGAGGAGAUCGUGCUGCCUGAGGACACCCAGGACGGAGACCAAGGCUUCUACGAAGAAGGGGCAGAGGAUUAUUACGCGCAGCAAGCUCUACAUUAAUUCACUGUUACAUGUGUUAUCAACGUGUGAAGUUUAGGCAUUAUGUUUAUGGGUCGGUUCUGUUAAAUUUAAUUAGACACCAUCUCCUUCAGAAAGAAUAUGUGACAUACUAGCUGAUGACGUGUUACGCCAAGAGACGGUUAUACCGACUAUACUGUCUUACAGAUAAAAAAUUUAGAUUCCAUGCUUAAAGCGUUUGAAAUAUCCACCGAGGAGCUCAGCGCGUGAGUCUGGAGCUCGUAGCUAGAACCAGGACAGGAUACGAAACAACCAACCGUCUUCCGUCUGUGACAUCGCAUUUUGUCUCACAUAUAUCAGUAUGCAGUGUAAUAGGAUUGAUCCAAGAAUACUAUAUCAACCAGGGUAUAGCGUAUAGUGUACUCGUAGUUUGGUGACAUAUGAUGACAUAUGUAUAACAAUGCUGUGUAACUGUGGCAACAUACAUUGUAUUGGAGUUGUGUGACAAGCAUUGCCGUAGAUGACUAACAACUUAAGGGUCAAUGAAACUUCUUAAGUUCGGAAUCUUUGCCCAUAAAAUGAUAAGUAUCUAUGGGUAAGCUUACUCAUUGUUAUGCUGGGGUCACAUUUCCAAAACGGGGCCCGGCCGUGCAGUCUUAUGAAACGAAAAGUAUUACAUAAAAGACAACAAAGCACCAAAAAGUCGACAAAAUUAAUAAUUGGAACUCUUUGUGUAUAUUAUUGAUGUAAAUUAUUGAUUUUUCGU